GCAUCUUCUAGAAGCUCCUGCAGGCGGGAUGGUGCGGAGGGAGCAUGUAAAGCGCAAGAGCUCGAUUUGAGAUCAGAUUUGUGCCCUCAAUCCAGUCAUGGAUAUUCCUCUGCUCAUCAUUGAAGAUCACCCUGCUUAUAACUUCCGACGUGUCCUUGGAUUUUUCCAAACGUGUACAUCGCUGCUGGUUUUCUUCGUUCAGCUCUUGGAGCUGAUGGUACGGAUAUUCAUUACGAUCUCGUGCACAACGGCAGAUUGCGUGGAGAAGGUCAGCGGCGAAGAAGGUCUUGAGGCCCAGUGCACUCCCAGCGGUCCCUGCGAGUAGAGCCAGUGUCAGGUAGUCGCGGCUGUUCAGCGAGAGCACAUCGCUUGGCUAGUCCGCAGCGAGUGCGGCGUAUCUCUAUGUUCAAUCAUGGUCAGUCGGUGUAUCCAUCAUCCAU